UGCAUUACGGGAAAAGUCAACAGGAAAAGCGAGCAACGAGAAAAUUACAGGAAAAUUAUGCGAGUUCCCCACACAAUCUCGAAAAACGUCAUCGAGGCCUACAGAUGUUCGGGUCAGACUUUAUUGCUGGAACCCGAAAAUCGAAGCAUUCGUGCGGAGAAUGAAACAUGGGAUGAAUCACUUGUGUCUGACUUGAAAACUUUAGCACUCCGUGCUUUGCUGAAGUUGUGGCCUCACAUGCCUGUACUUGAAGAACUCCCCAGUCCCGUUGACAGGGAUGCACUUUUGGAACUCUUGCCAGCUGAUCUCCCCUUUGAAAUCAUUAUUCAGAAAAUACCGUAUGAGUAUUACUGGUCACGGGCCGCAAAAGCUAGGUGGGAGCAUAAUAAUCCGAAUGAACACGGUAACUCCUGGCGACGUCUUUAUUGCGAGCGUCAUCUCACUGAGUAUUUGGAGUCACUUGAGAAUGUUGAAUCUGAAAAAGAAGAGUGCGAGGCUCUUAUCAACCUUGUGCAGCCAUACGUCAGUACUCUCACCAUCCGCUCAUUGCAGCCAUCCAAAUAUCCGUUCAAGUGGUCGGGAGAUGACGAUGAGGAUCAGUGCACAGCCGCUGAUUUUCCGGUUCACCACAUCCCCAUGGAUGUCAUUGUACCGAAAUUGACUGAACUCCGGGAGUUGCGACUCAACUUCGGUAUGAUUUACAUGAAUGAGGGCUUCGAGUGGCGGGACUUUGAAUUUUCAGUGGAGGAUUGUCUGAAUCUUGGAAAAGGUAUAAAAAAUGCGAAAAAAAUGGAGAAGAUCCGUAUAACCCGGAGCAAUUUAGAUCAGCCGCGUGCAGCAGCAUUGCUCCAGGGGAUCGUUGUGAACAACAAUAUUCAAGUCCUGGAUUUAUCCCACUGCAAGCUAGAAGACACCGGUGCUCAUGCAAUCGGUGAAUUUUUGAAGAUGCACCGACGUCUGAAGGAACUAUAUUUAAUCAACAAUGACAUUCGCGCGGAUGGAGUAUCCGGAAUUGUUCAUGGACUUCUGCAGGAGUCGUCUACUCCUUUGAGACAUUUAGAUCUGAGACUUAAUCCACUGAGAGAUGAUGGAGGCACUCACAUAGCCGCACUGAUUCUACGAGUGAAACACUUGGAGAUAUUGAAUGUCAGUGGAUGUUGCUUGAAAACAGAAACUGGAAUGGCCUUGGCGGAAGUUAUCGCUUCCGGAUACACCAAAAUAUCGUCUUUACAGAUUGAUAUAUCAAAUAAUAAUAUGGGGCCCAUAGCUGGUGAAGCACUAGAUAUCGCUGUGAAAAGUUGUCCUCAGAUAAUAGGAUUGGAUGUGAGAAUGUGCAAUUUUUCGAAAGAGUCUGAGUAUUUAAUCAACGAAAGCGUUCAAAGGAACAAUGAGGAACUGACGAAGAAGAGGAUGAGGUCUGUACUUGAGAGUAAACGGAGUAUUUCUUUUAUUCCACUGCGAGCCAAGAGUCUUCUACCACCACCUGGUUUUGAAGAUCUCCAAAGGCCUCAGUAUGAUGUACCUUCCGACGAUGAAUUGAGGAAUUCAUUUUAUGCUGAAUUCGGUGAUGGAAGUUCGUUUGGAGGAGAACAGGCAGAAGCUGUCAUGGACCAAUCAAAUGUGUCUGAUGCAGAUGUAGAAUAA